AUGACAUGUGAAGGCUGUGCAAAUGCUGCUAAAAAAGUUUUAUCAAAAUUUGGAGAUAACGUUUCUGAAGUGAACGCUGACAUACCCAGAAAACGGAUUGUUGUAACAACGAAUCUUUCAUCCGAUGUAAUUUUAGAAGCACUAAAAAAAACAGGAAAAGAAUGUUCUCUAGUAACUUAA